UUCUAAACGUAAGGGCUUCCGGUGUCCCGCUUGGCUAGCCGGUUAGCAUGUGGAGGGUUGUGUUGUGAGCGCAUUUCACUUCGUGUCCUGUUACAGGCUGACCUACAAACAGACAUUUCUUCCACUCGGCUUCAUUCUUUGUUUUCGGACGUCAGUCGACUGCCCGAGCAGCUUGGAAACGGCGACGGAUUGAGAUGGCAGCCAACGGAGCAAGCUGCGAGCAGCCCCAGAAACGAGCAGGACCCAGAGAUAAACAGAACGGCACGUCCCCAGACCUGUCGUCGAGAGAGAGGCGGCAGCGGGACAAAGAGGAACGUCUGUCUCUGGUGCUGUGGAGGAGGCCGGUGGUCACUCUGCGUUAUUUCCUCCUGGAGACCCUCGUAAAGCUAAAGGAGUUGACUUUUGAGCUUUGGCACCGGCGAGGCACAGUGUUCAUAUUUUUGUCGUUGUGCUUUCUGUUCUCCAUCACGUACUCCACCGAUGGAUCGCACCAAACGUAUGUUCAAUACUUGGAGAAGAAGUUCCUGUGGUGCGCCUACUGGGUAGGCCUGGGAAUCCUGUCCUCAGUGGGGCUGGGGACCGGCCUGCACACCUUCCUCCUCUACCUGGGUCCUCACAUAGCUUCAGUCACCCUGGCAGCUUAUGAAUGCGGCUCCACGGACUUCCCCGAGCCUCCGUACCCAGACCAGAUCAUCUGUCCCGAAGACGGAGGGGUGGAGGCCAGCAUCUCCAUCUUCUCAAUCAUGUCCAAGGUCCGCCUGGAGGCCUGCAUGUGGGGCGCCGGGACCGCCAUCGGAGAGCUGCCGCCGUAUUUCAUGGCCAGAGCGGCCCGUCAGUCAGGAACCGAUCCAGACGAUGAAGAUUAUGAGGAGUUUGAGGAGAUGCUCGAGCAAGCAGAAGGUGCACAGGAUGUUGUUACCAGAGCAAAGCUGGGAGUUCAGCACAUGGUGCAGAAAGUGGGAUUCUUUGGGAUCCUGGCCUGUGCCUCUAUUCCCAAUCCUCUGUUUGACUUGGCUGGAAUAACCUGCGGGCACUUCCUGGUUCCCUUCUGGACCUUCUUUGGUGCAACUCUGAUCGGGAAGGCCAUCAUCAAGAUGCAUAUACAGAAACUUUUUGUCAUCAUCACCUUCAGCAAGCACAUCGUGGAGCAAAUGGUAUCACUUAUGGGGUCUGUGCCUAAAAUAGGACCCUCACUGCAGAAGCCCUUCAGUCAGUACCUGGAAGCCCAGAAGAACAAGCUGCACCAUGCUGGAAAGAGUGGACCAGCGGAUGAGAACUGGCUGUCGUGGGUGUUUGAGAAGGUGGUGCUGGCCAUGGUCUGCUACUUCGUCAUCUCCAUCAUCAACUCCAUGGCUCAGAGCUACGCCAAGCGGCUGCAGCAGCUGAGGCACUCUGAGGAGAAGAGCAAGUGACGGCGACGCAAGGCCGCCACAUGCAUCCGAGUGACUGUGUCUCUGCAGCUGCUGCUCACAACUUACCAACAAACCUCACCAUCUUCAUUUCUCAAGAGAGGCUGAAGGCGUUUGAAAAUGAAAAAAAAAAAAAAAAGAAGAAAAGAGCGAAACGGGCAUCCCUUGCCUGUGCGCGCGCACACACGUGCUAUCAAGGAUGUAUGUUGAGUGUUAUUUCUGUCUCCAGGUUUUAUAGUUCUUCCUCUCAUCUCACCCUGCGUGUGUGUAGCGUGACUGACUCCUGCUAGCGGUCUUAACGUGUUACUUUAACGGUAAAUUAAUCCUUUGAUUAACCUCAGACGUAAAGCGGGGGUUUGAUGGUGGCUGCCGCGCUGAAGGCAGCGCCCAUCAGAUGCUAUGCCUUAUGCAAGACGGGAACGCCUGAAUUCCCUUGAAUAUAGCUCUCCACUCACGGACUUGAUUUUUAUUUAAUUAUGUAACAAUUAAUGACGGAUGGGAGCUGGUCUGACUUUAUUUUUAUUUUUAUUUUGUGAUGUGCUGCCAAGACAAGUGCAAAUGGAUGUUUUCUUUUCAGGGUCUUCACGUCUUACCCCCAGUAAACAAGACAUUUGUCUUUUUUAUUUCCUGUACUGUCUGUUUAAAGUGAUGGAGAUGGGGGGGGCAGCAAUAUCAACUUACACAAGUGGGGUAUCAAUGGUUUGCACAUUGUGUAAAUAUGUUUAUCUUUUUGACUGUAUGAUCAGAUGUAUUUCUAUUCCAGUUGUUGCUGUGAACAAGAACCAAGAAAAAAAAAAAAAAAAAGUAAGAGAGAAGGUGGUAACAUCUCCAUUGUAAUCUCAGCAAACGGUCCCAUUUCUAUUCUGUACAUUUAGGUCAGAUCAUCUAUAAAACAUGGAAACGAUGACAUCU